AAAUAUUUUAGUUAUGAGUGAAAAAUUCUAUACUAAUUGAUUAUAUCCCUCGGCUUCUUUUUUACAGAUACUUUACAGUAUCCAAAUCCAGAAUGUCCUCAAAGUGUUUCUCCUGCAGAGGUUUUUAUGCAGGACGAGGAAAUGGUAGUUGAAGAUUUCGAGACCCAAGAUAAAAAUGAUGAGAAGGAAAUUGCUGAUUCAGAAGAUGAUAGGUCCAGUCUUCUGGAUUGUUCUUCUGAGUCCAGCGGAGACAGCAUUUCCAGUGGUUCAAGUGAAAUGGAACCACCUAUGAUAAGUGUUACAGUGAGACCAAAAUUACCACGAGUGGAAGAAAAUGAGAAACCACCAGAUUCUCCAGAGCCACUAGAUAGCUCAGAAAGAUCACUUGACUCUUCACCAAGAUCUUAUUAUUUGGAAGCAUCACAUGAGUACAAGAGUCAAGGGGAGGACUCCAGUGGUUUGGAUGAUGUACGGACUGAAAGGCAAAGAACAAAGUUCUACAUAAAUAGAAUCGAGAAAUCCUCAGAUUCUUCAGAGCGAGCACAUUGCCUUGAAAUGGCAUUACCAGCAAUACAUCAAAGUGAGUCGGCCAGAAGAACUCCUUCCAUAUCUAGGUCAAAAAGAGAAGACUAUGACCUUCUUAGUUUGCUAGGAGAAGGAUCUUUUGGAAAGGUGUUUCUGGCAGAGCACAAACAUUCAAAGAAGAAAUUUGCGAUUAAGGCAAUUCCAAAGAAUAUAUAUAAUAAACAUGCCACUGAAAAAAUUGAGACAGAAAAGAAGAUAUUGCAAUUGGUAAAGAAGGAAAAAGCUCCAUUUCUGAUUGGCUUAGACACUUCCUUUGUGACAAAAUACAAUGAGUGUUUGGUUAUGGAAUAUGCCCCAGGAGGUGACCUAUCUUCUAUCAUGGACAAGUAUGACCUGCCACUGAAAUGCAGCAUAUUUUAUGCAGCCUGCAUUGUGCAAGGACUGAAAUUUCUGCAUGAAAACAACAUUGUCCAUAGGGAUUUAAAGCCUGAAAACAUUUUGCUGGAUAAGAGAGGAUAUCCGAGAAUUACAGACUAUGGACUUAGCAAAACUGGAAUAGGUUUUGGGCGUCGAAUUUAUGGCCGAUGCGGCACUCGUGUCUAUAUGGCCCCUGAAAUAUUCACAGAACUUUACUAUACCAGAUCGGUGGACUGGUGGGCCUUAGGUGUCAUCAUUUAUGAGAUGAUACUUGGAGAGUUGCCAUUUGAUGGAGACGAUGAUCAUGAGAUUCGUAUAAAUAUUACCUGUGAAAGGCCAAACUAUCCACUUACCCUGCCUGCGCAUGUCCGUGAUAUACUACAAGGACUGCUGAAUAAAAAUCCCGCACUGCGCCUGGGAUCGACUGUAGAAGGAGCGCACGCGGUUAUGGAACGACCAUUCUUCUUUGGAAUGAAAUGGGAGGCUUUAAGGAGGAAAGAAAUCAAGCCUAUGUUUAUUAUGAAUAACACUGGAACAGUUCCUUUGACUGAAACUGAACUUAGCGACUGGGAAUUAUAAUUAUUUAUAUUCCCAGUGGUAUAAACAUCGUGGACCCCUGUAGACCUACAGAGCUAAGCUGCCUGCAUAGGGUGGAGGGCGGGGGGGCCCUAGAGCAAAUCAUGCCCAGGGCCCCGCAGGCCUCUGUUACUGCCACAGAAGUCAAGUCUACGGGUGCCUGAGGAAUAAAGUCUCGUCUGUUCCUCUGCUCAAAGAAGAUUUCUGGUUGAAACGAUGAGAAGCUGAACACUAUGAAAGGUAAGUGAUCCAACUUGAAUCCAUUAAUAACUCUACACACAUUUCAUUACAAAAAAACCCAUCUUAAGUUGAUCUCUGCAUAUACUGAUCCCUUCACAUACUUUAUCAAUACAUUUUAUAAUAUAUGACUGCUUAAUUAUAUAUAAAAACUUUAUUUAAUAUAGUCCAUGAUUAAUAUAUGAUCAAUUAUCUGGUAGGAAUGUGGGAAAACUUAAAAGUUUCCUCCAGGAAAAGCUAUUUGUCCUUUCAUCCAGUAUAUCUGCCUCUGGAAACCUACAGAUAUCUGAUUAUGACAUAAUAAUAAUAUAUUUAUUUCUUUAGUAAGCUAUUUUGGCAUUUCCAAUGCACUCCAACUGUGUUUUACAGAUUUUCUUUUUAAUCAUAAUAGAUCCCAAUACAUCAAUCGUCUCGGACCAGUAGAGCGACCUGCAGCACUCUCACUGUUUCCCAGACCAGUCCGUCCGUCAGAGAUCUCCAUGUGAAGAUCCACUUGAUCCAGCUGCACUGAAUACAGUUUGUGUAUUAAAAAGAGGGUCACAUCACGUAUGCAACAUUUAGGGCAAAGCACUGUGUAUCCCUUUAAAUGUAAUUUACUGGGUUAGUUACAUUGUUGAAGGCUUGAUAAAGGGCAUGUGCUUUGCCUAUUCGAUGUGAUCCUUUUUAAAUACAUUUUUUGCACUCAAUCCGCGUGCUGCGUUUGCUUUGAAUAUAUCUACGACUGGAGAACAGGACGGCAUCCAGAAAUUACUGAGCACCGGAGCUUUUCAGUGUUGGAAGAGUGCGGAGACGUUUCUGUAUCAGGAUUUGUACAUAUAUGUAUAUAUGAUCCUUGAUAAAGGUCCUAAUGUGGGCCGAAAUAUUGUGUGAUAUGUGAAAUAAAGACAUUUAGUUGUUUUUAUACUUA